UGUGACUUGAUCACUCUUCUAAUUUCUAGAGGCAGAGCCUCAGCAUCUCGUCGUGAAUUUCCAAGUAGAAUGCUUAGUUUCAUCAGUGUAUACCUAGACGAUGAUAUGAAAACGAUACUUAAAGAUAAAAUAAUAUCAAGCGGGAGGUGGAGGUGCAGGUGGAGUUGGUGGUGGAGGUGGGCAGUUUUGAUUAUUGGAGCGGUGAUCGGAACACAAUUAGCGUACGGUGGCGGCAAUGCUUUUACUUCCAAAGGUGAAGACGUUCUGGUAUCUCGCAUAGCUUUUGGAUCCUGUGCUAACCAAAGCGCUCCUCAGCCAAUAUGGAAUGCAAUUAUCAAAUUUGAUCCACAAGUUUUCAUUUGGCUGGGGGACAAUAUUUACGGAGACAUUAGACGCGCUUUUAAACUACUUGGAAAAGAAAGGACAGUUGGCCCUUGGAAGAAUGUUCCAAGGUUUGUUCCUGCCUCCCAGGAGGAACUGGAGUCCAGAUACAACAUAAUCAAGAAAAAUCCUGAUUAUUCUCGUCUUCGUAAGACUACUAAGGUAAUUGGUACAUGGGAUGACCAUGAUUACGGACUAAAUGAUGCCGGCAAAGAAUUUCCUGAGAAAGUGCGUAACCAGAGGCUUCUCCUUGAUUUCUUAGAUGAACCUCAAGAUAGUCCACGUCGCAAGCAAGCUGGCGUGUAUACUUCAUAUACAUUUGGCCCCGUGGGUAAACAGAUCAAGAUAAUCCUCUUGGACACUAGAUACCACAGAGAUCCUUUGAAUAGUGAUGGAAGUAUCUUGGGAAGUACACAAUGGACAUGGUUGAAAAAAGAGUUGAAGGGUCCAGCUUCCGCCAUUACCAUAAUCGGAUCUUCUAUUCAGGUUGUAUCAAAUCUUUCUGCUACUAUUGGCCCAUUGUUCUAUAUGGAGUCUUGGGGACGUUUUCCAAAGGAGAGGGAUCACCUUUUUAAUGUAAUAGCAGAUAGUAAGAGAGAUGGAGUCUUCUUUAUCAGUGGAGAUGUUCAUUUUGGAGAAAUUACACGGUAUGAUUGUGCUGUUGAAUAUCCAUUAUACGACGUUACCUCAAGUGGGCUUACACAAGCUGUUGAAAAGGUUGUCCCACCACCAUUACAUUUCAUGGUUAGAUUUCUGGCAUGGUUGACACCAAACACAAUGAGAGUUAUGGACCGACAUUGCAGACACAGAUCAUGCACAUAUGGCCUUCCAAAUUUUGGAACCAUUGAAAUAGACUGGAAUGCCACUCCAGUGGCCCUGAAAAUUGUAGUCCGGGACAUAAAUGGAUUUCCUGUGACAGGUGUAGAUAUGUCAUUAUCAGAACUUCAAGCGAAAACUGUAAAUUCUGAUGCCAGUAUCAAAGUGGGAGAACAGAGGAGGCAUUGUUCUCUCGAAGUUAAUCUUCCAUGGAUUGUCAGACACCGCCUGGUUAUUUUUUUCUAUUGUUGUAUAGCUGUUUUGCUUCUUGCUUUGGUGGGACUCAUUAUUGCAGUCAUAUCACUGAUCAGGCUAGGCCUCUGCAAAUACAAGCUUGACUGACUCUAUGAUUGAUCACUGUGUCACCUUUUAGUGCACAGCUUUUCACCACUGCAAAACCAUGUUAACUUACUGAUCAAUUCUGCAGGAUAACCUCAAAUUCUGUGGAGGGUUCAUUCUGUAGAUAUAAUAUCCUAACUCAAAUUUAUAUCAUCUGAAAUAUAGCAGUUAUGGAGCCUCAAGAGUUAGCUUUGAAAUGUAAUGGAAUCUUCACUCCAAGAAAAUAGACGAAUGGGACCUUGUAUUUUCAAGCUUUAAUUAAGUUAGAAGUAAUUUGCACCAUCACAACAGAUUUUCAAUUAUCUGUAAUUAAGUCAUAUCUGUCCCUUGCUAGCAACACAAGGUCUUGAGAUAUAAACCCAUGGAGAUGAUAUACUAGGGACAUCAUACGUAAAGGUGUACGCAAUUUGUUUAAAAUUAAACUGUUAUACUAUGCCCCUGCAUGAAAAAGAAAUAGAACUUAUUAAUUAUAUACUUCUAGAAACUAAUUCAGAAGGGAUAAUUUGUAUUUUUUCUGAGAGAAUCUAUUGUAGUUCAGGAAUUAACAAAUGAAUUUCUGCUGGAAACUCCUUGUUAGCUUAGUUUUUGAUAGGGCAAAAUCUUGUAUUGAAGGAUGCGAAGAGCUAGAUUAGGUUGGAUGGCGUUAGUUCACUUAUUCGGCUGGCUGUAGGAUGGAAAAAUUCGCUUGAGAUUUUGUCUUUUCAUUCCAGGGUUUAUUCUCUCAAAUCCAGUGACAAGUACAUUCCUAAUCCGACAAACAAGCAACAGAUGGCAGCCUGCCUUGGACACUUCUUCCACGCUCACUAAGAAGGCA